CAACGCACUUCACAUGCUAAUUGAACCUCGUCUUAACUCCCUCUAUAAUUACUAUUUUUUCUUGUUAACAGUUUUCUAAAAGCAAAAUGUCCGCCCAGGCUGAGCCUCAGGAGCAGGAGGAGUUUGAUAAAUUCUUCACCGUGUUUGACGGCUCCUCUCCGGAGGAUGUGUCCCACGCCCGGCAGCUGUGGAGCUCGCUGUCCCUCCUGCCGCCACUGGAGUCCCGGCUGGUGUCCGCAGACAUCCAUCAGAGACUGCCGGUGUCCCGGCCGCAGCGGAGCAGCAGCAGCACCGGUCCCAGACAGUCCGCCCCGGAGCCGCCGAGUAUCCCUGCUCUCCGGCAGAGACAGGAGGAGAGACAGCGGUAUGUAGCCAUGGCCGACCAGAGGAGGGAGAUCCUGGCUCUGCUGAGGAGGCAGAGGGAGCAGAGGAUCCAGAAGGAGCUGCUCUCUGUGGCCUUUAAACCGAAGGUGAAGCUCGGUAGAGAAAAAAUGGUGAAGCUGCACAAACCUUCAGACUCUGAGAUGGACGAGGAGCUGGUGAAGCAGCUGCAAUGAAAGGACUGAGAUUAAGUGACAGUGUUUAUCUAAAAAGGAGUUGUACCUUGUUGUUGUACCUCAAAGUUCCUCCUGCAUAUUUUAUCUGUUAUGUGGAUUGGAAAUGAUCAAGUAAAUACUGUGGCACUAUUUAUUUUGUUGAGUGACACUGUUAAUAACAGGCUGAUGUUCAGCAGGUGUAAUGUUUUCCAUGCCAACAUGCUUUGAUUAUCAUUUGCUAAUUAGCUCUGAACACAAACUUGAGGCUGAUGGGAAUUGGACAAAUUAGAAUUUUCCAUCUGAUUGUGGCACCAGAUGAAAAAUCAGAGGAUCACCAAAGUCAUUAAUGCUGUUAAAGGCUCUGCAUACCCACACAGGUGUUUUCAGAUACACCAGCUGAUUGAACCUGUCAUAGUGUGUACGUUGCCUGGAGCUAUGUAAUGCUGGGAAGUGGCUUUUUCACAGCAGACAUUUGGGCUUGUCACAGCAGGAAAAGCACAGGUGUAACUGAUAACAUUACACGCAACUGCAUAGGUGAGCUGAUGACUGUGGCGACUCACUGAUAGAACACAUAAUGGACACUUGUUAGAACGGAGCCAUUGAUAAUGAAAUUAAACAACAAUAACAAUGUGUUUCCACCUGUUUUAAAAUGUCUGCCAUUCCUAAUUGUAGAAUCAAGUUUAUUGCCAAUUAGGUUUUUACAUAGGCUACAAGGAAGGGAGGGAACAUGAAAGCACCUGCGUGGAUUCUGUUAAAGUGUUUUAAAACAUAUCCUAAACCAAUAUUUUUGUCCUCGCUGCUGGUGUCUGCUGGUUCGUUUUCUGGUUCCAGCUUGUUGAUUGAGAAUUUGCUGCUUUCUUUUGUCUUAUAAUAGCACACUACUUAUGGUUAUGGACUGUUGGUAAGACAAAUCAAGACAUCAGACGUCACCUUGGGCUCUUUGAAAUUUUAAUCUUUACUUUUUUAGAAAAAACAAUGAACUGCAAAAAAAAGAGUAAGAAAUACUUUAUAAGAUCAUAUGCACUCCUUUAUUAUAUUUCUCAUAUUUAGACUAUAAUUUAAUUAAAGGAGCACUGUGUGAGGUUUAGGGGGAUUUAGUGGCGGCUAGUGGUGAGGAUUGCAAAUUGCAAUCAGCUGAAACUUCUCCAGGUGAGAAUUCCUUCAGUAGUUACUGUUCAGGAGGUUUUUACAGGGAGCCGAAUUAUCUGCAGAGGUCUCUUCCUCUCUUAAAUAAAUGGACCUGUUGAUUUAAACUGCUAAAAACACUGAAUGAAGCAUUUUCAUAUUACAAAUGAGUCUUUUUCCAAUGCUGUUUGGCCUGCUAGAGAUGGGCCGAUAGUCCAGCACCUGCUAAUGCACCUUUUUGAUAACUUAAGAUCCAGGCAUCCAGAGGCUGGAUCCGGAGGCUGCUAACUUUAUGGCUGACACAAAAAUGUGAAUGGCUCUAUAUCUGGAGCCAGUGUUUGGUUUGUCCGUUCUAGACUACAGUGGAAACAUGGCGGUGCAACAUGGCCAUCUCCAUGGACCUGCGCCCUAUGUAGAUAUAAACAGCUCAUUCUAAGCUGAUUCUAAGGUAACAAAAGCAGAGGUGAUUCUAUACUUAAGAAAACAUACGUAUUAUAUUAUAUUCCAUCUCUGCCAGUAUAUCCCCUUAAAUCCAACACACUGAACCUUUAACUCUCAGAAUGUUAUUAUAUACUGUCUUUUAAUUAAAUGAUGGGUUUUGACUGCAAAUCACAUUUUUUAGAUUUAAAUCAAGUAUUUCAACCUGCCUUUUUUAGCAUGAAGGUGCAAUGGUAUUCCAAGAUUGAAUUAUCUGAUUGUAUUUUAUGUCUUAAACUCUUACUGGUGUCAGCCGGAGCCAGUACACAGCAGUUUUCCUCAAACAGCAUUACGUAACGUGAAGUGAAGCCUGUGUGGAUAUUCAAAUUCCAAAUAUCCAGUGGAGAAGGCCCAACCAAAAUAGGAUAAGAAGAGGCCUGCUGACUGUUGACUUUAGCUAAUUUGGUUAAAGUUUUCAAAGCACAAAGAGCACACAGAGGCUCGCCAUCUAUAAACGCUCUUUAACCUCUCAAACCUCGAGUAUCAGCGUAAUUCACCCUUAAGUAGCUUUAGCGUGAUCCUCCAUUUUAAAUCCAUCAUCCAUCCAUCUUAAGUAUCAACAGUGCUCUUCUGUGCUGGCUGUUAUAAAUUUAUAGUUACCUCACAGAUGAAGAAGAACAUGUGUUUAACUCAUGUACAAUGAAAUUGUGGCAGAACAUUAUAUUUAUAUUCAGUUAAAAUCUGAUAGAAAUACGCAAAGGCAUAGGUUUUGUCCUUCAAGGAGGACAUACGAAACAAGGGGUCCUUUGUCAGAACAUUUUGAACACCAAACACUUAAUUUUCUGCACUGUGGGUAACUUUUAUGCACCAAAUUGUA